GAAUUUAUGAGAUAAGAUAUUUAAACAUUCUCGUUUGAUUUUAUUGUGGUGGUGUCUGUUUAAGUACUAACUGAUCUGUAAAUCACGAAGAGAAAUAUAGAACUUUAUCAUGAAGAAUAUUGAAAAAGGUACAUUUGAAGUUGCUGUCAAAAGAUCUGGUCUUGGAUAUCGCCACAUUCAGUAUUUAUUAAUGUUUGCUGCUUGCACCAUCGCCUAUGGAAUGAGAACCGUUCUAAAUGUAGCCAUAAUAGCCAUUUUAAGUAAUGACAAAAAGGAAAGGAAUUAUCCAGUAUACCCGAAUUGGGCAAGUAAAAAGAACAUAAUGUUAUCCUCUUUCUUUUGGGGAUAUAUUUGUCUACAAAUUGGAGCAGGUCAACUAGCGAAAAAUUACGGUCCAAAAUUAUUUUUAUUUGCGGCUAUAUUUAUUACUUCAUUAUUUACAUUACUGACACCAUAUAUGGGCGCAUUGAUCGGAUAUGGCGGAAUAAUAUUAUGUAGAAUCAUACAAGGAUUAUCACAAGGAUUUCUAGUUCCAUCUAUUCACAAUUUACUUAGUCAUUGGGCACCUGCUACUGAGAGAGCAACAUGGGGUAGUGGUGUAUACGCUGGUCAAGCAUUAGGAAAUGUACUAGCCAUGCCCAUAACAGGCUUAAUAUCCGAUUCAAAAUAUGGGUGGCCAGCAGCAUUUUACUUAUACGGAGCGUUGGGAAUAUGUUGGAGUAUUUUAUGGAUAAUAUUCGGGUCAGAUAGUCCUGCAAAACAUAAAAGUAUAUCAUCAGAUGAAAAACAAUACAUAGAAUCGUCAAUUGUGACAGAAAAAGAUAGUCCUGACGUUCCAACUCCAUGGAAAUCAAUAUUUACCUCACUACCAAUGAUUUCAUUGAUUGUAGCACACUGUGGUCAAAAUUGGGGAUUCUGGACCUUGCUAACUGAAAUUCCAAGUUUCAUGGAAAAAAUAUUGAAACAAAACAUAACCUCGAAUAGUUUGCUCUCUGCUUUACCAUACUUUGUUAUGUGGGUGAUGACUUUUGUCUUCAGUCCUCUAGCUGAUAUGAUAGUUGAUAAAAAAAUAGUCAAGCUUAUUACUAGUAGGAAGAUCUUUAAUACAAUUGGUUUAGGGUGUCCCGCGAUAACUCUUUUAACCUUAAUUUGGAUCGAUACAAAAUGGGGAACGAUUGCCGUAUUGGUGAUUGCCAUGGGUUUCAACGCUGCACAAUACAGCGGUUUCAAUAUUAACCACAUAGAUUUAUCUCCAGUACACGCUGGUACUAUGAUGGCCAUUACUAACAGCGCUGCAACCGUUUGUUCUAUAUUAGCACCACUAGCUGUUGAUUUGUUUAUAUAUAUAAGUGGUUAUGAAGAGACAGACGUGGCUCUUUGGAACAUUGUUUUUUGUACUACUUCAACUUUUUACUUAUUGGCAACAAUUUUCUACAUUUGCUUCGCUUCCGGAGACGUACAAAAAUGGAACUUCAAUGGUUCGACACCACCAACUCCUCCACAAGACGAUGAUAUUAAAAUAAAAGUUCUGCGAAAAAUUUCAACGCUUUCUACAGCAUGAAAAUCGUGCAAAUUGCAAUGGUAUUAACGAAAAAACAACCUUGAAUUUUUGAAAGCAUUAAAAAGGUUGCGAAGAAAUGAAUCACGUAACAUAGAAAGCUUAUUUUAAAGUAGAGUUUGCUUGUCUUUGAAAAUAUUUUUAAUGCUAUUAAAGUUGCAGAGUACAUCAAUGAAUCUUAAAAAUUCAUAUAGAACCAUAAAAUUAUUUGUUCUUCCAAAAAGGCAUUAGAAAUAUUAUAGUAAGCUUUCAACGUUAGAUAUUAAUUUUUCAUGAGUUCUUUAUUUUAAAAUAUAUCAGCGUUUUUAUUGACAAAAUAUAUUUUUUGAUAAUACUGGGUAUUGUUAUUGUUUUUGAUCUCUUAUCUCUUUGUAAACGUUGUAAUGGAUAGAUGAGACACUGUUAUUAAAUACCAAAGUCAAUGUUGACGAUGUUUAGGGAUAAAAAAAUUAUUUCACAAAUUUUUCAGCUAACCUUUUGUUAUAAAUAAUUUUAUUUAUUUUGUUUACAUAGUUUUUAGAAUAAAUAUGUACAUACUGAU